AUGACCCGGUGGCCCGUGGCAGGGAGGAUCGUGGCGCGGCUCCUGGAGGAGAGGGCACCGCUGCGGGUGCUGGAGCUGGGCACCUACUGCGGCUACGGCACCGUCCUGCUGGCCAUGGGGCUACCACCCGGCGCCCGGCUCUACACCGUGGAGAGCGACCCACGGCACGCCGCCGUGGCAGAGAAGGUCAUCCGCCUGGCCGGCUUCGACGAGCAGAUGGUGGAGCUGAUCGUGGGCCCUUCGGAGGAGGUCAUCCCCAAGCUGAGGGACAAACACGGCCUGGUCCAGGUUGACUUUGUCUUCAUGGACCACUGGAAGGGGCGGUACCUGCGGGACCUGCAGCUCCUGGAGAGUCACCGGUUGCUGGCGCCGGGGGCCACGGUGGUGGCCGACAAUGUCCUCUUCCCGGGGGCUCCCCGCUUCCUGCAGUACGUCAGGACCUGCCCCCGCUUCCGCUGCCGCCUCCACCGCGCCAGCCUGGAGUACUGCCCCGCCAUCCCCGACGGCAUCGCCGAGCUGCGCUACGCCGGGGACACCUAG